CUGCCCCCCCUGCCCUGGAUGCUUGAGCUCCUCCCGGACACCAGUGCCCCCACCUUGUCCCACUGUCCUCCCCCAUCCCCACUUUCCCCCCAGCCCUUGUGUGUAUCCCACACUUUGUUCCAUUGUCCCCCUACUGUCCCCAUUGCCCCCCCUUAUCCCAGUGCCCACCUUCAUCUCAUUACCCCCCAUCACCCCAUAGCCCCCCUCAUUCUCCCACCACCCCCAUAUCCCAUUGGCCCCCCAUCCCAUUUUCCACUUACCUCAUUGCCCUCCCACCCCAUUGCCCCUACACAAUCCAUUCACCCCCCCACUCCACUGUCCCCCUUAUCCCAUUUAUCCCCUUACCCCAUCCCCCCCAUCCCAGAACCCCACAUUACCCCCCCAGCCCAUUACCUCCCCACGCUCCAUUGCCCCCCACCCCAUCGUCCCCCCCAUCCCAGUGACCCCCUAUCCCAUUGCUCCCUCUGACCACAUACCCCCCCCCUCACCUUGCAGUGCCACCCAGCCCAUCCUCCAUGGUGGGGGUCUCCCCUCCACCCCGCUGGGGGUGGGCAGUGGUGGGGGGUGCUUUCCUGCAGGCAGGGCUGGUGUUCGGGGGGCUGCGGGCACUGGGGCUGUGCCUGGGGGCGCUGGGGGGGUCCUUUGGGGCACAGGCCGGGGCCGUGGCCUGGGUGGGCUCUGCUGCCAUCGCCUCGCUGCAGCUGGGGGGGCCUUUGGGCAGCGCUCUGAGCACCCGCUAUGGCGCCCGCCCCGUGGUCAUGGCCGGGGGCUUCCUGGCGGGGAUGGGUUUCCUCCUGGGGGCCUUCGCCACCCGCCUGUCCCACCUCUACCUCAGCGUGGGGCUGCUGGCAGGCCUGGGCUGGGCGUUGGUCUUCACCCCUUCCCUGGGGGCCGUGAGCCGCUAUUUCCCAACACGCCGCGCGAUGGCCACCGGUUUGGCCAUGGCAGGAGCCAGCGUCGUGGGACUGGCUCUGGGGCCACUGAUCCCACUGCUGCUGGAUGCCUACGGCUGGCGGGGGUCCCUGCUCCUGCUGGCCGCCCUCUCCUUCAACCUGAUGGUGGCGGGCGCCUUGCUCCGCCCCUUGGAUGUCCCCACUGAGUCCCCACGGCCACCGCCAGCACGUGGCCAAGGGGGGCUGCGUGGAUUGCUGCAUCACGGCCCCUUUCUCCGCUAUGCGUUGGCCUUCGUGCUGGUAGAUGCUGGCUACUACGUGCCCCAUGUCCACGGGCCAGCCCGUGCCCAAGAAGUGGGGUGUGAUGAGCAACGUGCUGGGCUGGUGAUGGCGGUGACGGCGGUGGCCGAUGGCAUCGGGCGGGUGGUGGCCGGCUUGUUGGCCGCCCACCCCACCGCCUCCCUGCUGCGUCACCUCUUCGCUUGGUCCGUGCUGACGGGGUUGGCACUGCUGCUCUUCCCUUUGGGGACGUCCUUUGGGGGUCUCACAGCUGUGGGUUUGGGUUAUGGGUUCUGUGCUGGCGCCAUCGUUCCGCUCCAGUUCACCGGCGUGGCUGAGGUGGUGGGAGCCGGGCGGCUGCUGCACGCCAUCGGCCUCAUGCAGAUGUUUGAGAGCGUCGGGUCGCUGCUGGGAGCACCUUUUGCUGGUUGGCUGCGGGACCUGACUGGGGACUUCAAGGUCUCCUUCCUCGCUGCUGGUGCCUUCCUCCUGGCUGGGAGCCUCCUCAUCCUCACCCUCCCCAGCUUCUUCCGCACUUCCCGGAGCGAUGGCAGCGGCACAGAGGGGGUUCCUGAUCCAGUACCUAAAGGCCUUGAGCUCCCUUCAGCUCCCCUCUCACCACCCAAUUAAACCAAUUAAAUCCUCAUCUCCCACAAA